ACACACACUUUAUGGGCGUGAAUUUACGGCCACCAGCUCUUCAAGCCUGAACCGGCAACUCCCAAAAUAGCAAUGCGAAUUCGGGAAGCCUCAGGAAAAAUGGCUGAAGCAGUUUCACCAGUAACUCGACAAGUACAUCCAGAACAUCGGGCAAUAAGGACCCCUUCUGUCGAUUUUCGUCUUGAAGACGUCGAAGAUUGUUUAAUUUACGACCGGCAUGGAGUCUCUGAUCCGUUCAAGAAAGUAUAUCAAGACAGGAAAUCGGUCAUAAUUUUCGUGCGGAAUUUCUUGUGCUACAGCUGUAAAGAAUAUGUGGAAGAUUUGAGCAAAAUACCUAAAGAAGCACUGGAGGAUGCUGGCAUUAGACUAGUUGUGAUUGGUCAGUCUGCUCACCAUCACAUAGAGCCUUUCUGCUCAUUGACGGGGUAUCCUUAUGAAAUGUAUGUGGACCCAGAGAGGUGCAUUUAUCAAAAGCUUGGGAUGAAGAGAGAGGAGAAAUUUACGGACUCAGCCCACCCUACCCAUGUGAAGUCUGGUAUCUUUAUGGGGCAGAUGAAGAGUAUAUGGAGGGCCAUGACUAGCCCUGCAUUUGACUUCCAGGGUGACCUACAUCAGCAAGGUGGCGCCAUCAUUGCAGGACCAGGCUCUCAUGUUCAUUUUUCCCAUUUUGACAUGAACCGUCUGGACCACAUGCCCAUUAACUGGCUCCUGCAGCUUGCCGGAGUUCAACAGACUCUGGACUUCAGCGAUAAGCCAAUCAUCCAUGUGUAGCAAGCUGGCCGCCUUCCUCCCUCUCCCCCCAUCACUGUUGGGGCCACAUCAUUCUCUGUAACAAAUAUUUGUGGACUCAGUAUUUUUGAAUCUUAUGUUAUCAUGUCUGUACUGGGAAGCUGCCUUGCCAAAAUCUUGGAUAGGUCUGAAAUAUUCUUCCUAAACCCUUUGUCUCCUUGUGAUGCACAGGGCAUUAACAAUUCUUCUCCACCGCUCAGUUUAGGGACGCUUAACUCAAGGUCUUCUUACUAGCUUAUUCUUUUCUUUUUUUCUUACUAGCUUUUUCCAGAGCUUCCAAUCACAUCUCAUGUGCUGAUUAAGGUAAAAGCUCUGAACAAAGCAAACUAGGCCAAUUUGUUCCGCGAUUAACAAAAGAAAAAAAGUUCUUGAGGUAAAAAACUAGUCCUUGAGGUAAGAUUGUUUUGUCAAAAUAUACCCUGUGGUGUGAAUGUGUGUGGUUAGUAUAGGAGAGAUAUGAAUGCAUUACUGUUUAAUUUCAUACAUUAUCAGUUACGUCUUGUGUUGUGUAAUCAGAAUCAGAAUCAGCUUUAUUUGCCAGGUAUGAGGACACAUACGAGGAAUUUUGCUUUGGAUCAUCAUUGCUCACGAUGCGCUUACUCAUACAAAACAACCAAACAAUAUAUACAAACUAUAAACAAAAACAAUAUAGACAGGUUGAGGCAAUAGUGCAAAGUAUGCAGGAGUAAAUUAUGAUAUUUUAAUUGUGGCGCAUAGUACGCAUAGAGAAUGAGGAUGAUGAAUAAAUGUUGAAUGAUGAAUUAUGUUCUUACUUGUACAGUAGUAAGAUGGUUCCAUGGUUAAUAUUUAUUAACACUUGGUGCACUCAGUAAUUGGCCCUAUCACAGAGUCUUCUUUUUAUAUUUCUCUCAUAUCCACAGUGUUUAUUGCAAGUAAAGUUGUAUUGCUAUUUC